CAAAGCAUGAUGGAUGCAGAAAAUUAAAGUGAAUGAGUGAACUCUGAAAGAAACGUGUAACCUUGUUACUUUCAGGUCUUUUGAAAUGAUGGGUCUGCAGGUCAAAAAGACACUGUACAAUUAUGCAAAUCCACAGCUAGAGCAUCACUGAAUCUCAGUUAAGAAAGAAUAUAUACUUCAUACUUCAUACUUCAGUAUCUGGAUCGUCUUUGUGUCAACUUCUGAUGAGUAAGGUUAGUAGUUGAUUUAGCACGUGACCUCUACGCAUUAGCCAUUUGUCAGCAGGGGUUCAGACUUUUGCUUACCUGGUAGCGAGAAAGCGUGUUUCUUUACGUCAUACAUCGUUCUGAGAGUAUUAUUCAAAAUAGAUUUCGUUUUUGAAGUUUGUGACACACCUUUUUCUGAAAUGCCUGGUGACCAUCCUCACCCAACUCUUUUCCUACCCCUCAUGAAUCAAUUAUCUGCACAGAUUCGGAAACGUCGGGUCCGUCAGCGACCGCUACCACAUCCCCAUCAACCCCUCUUAAAUAGGCAUAAUUUCUUCUUCAUGCGAUAGUUACGAAGAUGUUGAUCUUGGACAAUGUUGCGGAAACAAAGCUCGCAGAUAGAAUCAAGGCAGUGCUCUGACUCUAUUCCUCAAGUUCUAGGAUCUUACUACGAAUCUCAAAAACUCCUUGGAGCGACCUCAUAUCCGCGUGUGCCAACUUCAGGUCCUGUCGACGCAUCACCGCCUUCACCUUCAACAGCACAGGUUCAAGGUUAGUUGUGGUUAUUGUUUUCGGCGAGCAGUGUGCUAACCCAUAAAUAAUAUACCAGAAUAUCUUUCCCCAAUACAAAAAUAUAUUCACAGGACUCGAAAGCGAGGAUUUGACACAUCUAUCGACACCAGUAUCGAAAAACCCCUCAAACGCGCUCGUCUGACGCAGAGAAACUUGAAAGCAUUUGAAAACAUACUAGGUCAACGAAGAAAGUUUACUGGAUGAACCACAACUACCGACGAGGAUCUAGGUCAACCAGAGUCGUGGACCUCGAACUCCGAAACCAAGUCAACACAAUCAAACCAAUCCAUUUCUACGACAGACACGGGCUUUCAAGAUACUGCUUUCAAUAAUAACAAUAUCCUCAAUCCCGAAAACUCAAAACCAUAUACGGACCUCGAGAAAUCGCAAGUUCAAAUUAAUCGAACCCGAGACACCGUAUCCCCAAGCGAGUCUGAAUACGAAAUAUUAGGCCAUAAGAUUCGGACGGCUCCUAAUGAACAGACUGUGCUACUACAGACAGCACUAUUCAUCUGAACCCCAAGGCCAACUCAACUAUCAUCAAUAUCCUAUCUCUAGCUCCAUUCUUAUAUCAAGCUAUGAGGAUUUCAAAACAAGCCGACGGCGGUUAAGAAAUCUACAGGAUGAUGCCAAAGAAAUCUCGGAGAAGUUGAGGGACGAGCUGAACGCCACAAGUGUACCGGCGGGGACAGAUGGGAAUAGUUACGACGACGAAGAUGGAGAAGACCCGAACAAUCACCUGUUGGCGGAGUACUGGUCGAGUUUCCCGACAAACAAUCCGUAUGACUCAGGGCAAAUUCCUGCUACGGACAAUGUAGAUGCUUCGCCUUCCGCCACUUUCCAAGAAAUCAAUCAGGAUGAGUCCUUUGUGCAAAUUCCCGCUCCGCUGUAUGCAAUUUUCCUGGAAAAUGAUGAGGAUGACCCCUUCGUACAAAUUUCUCCUGAGAACAAUGGAUAUACUUCGCUUGAUGGCCUAACGUCCCCUUUCAUAACUCCGCCGCAAUCGUCAGAAGACAUAUCGCUUCCACUUGAGCCGAGUGAAGAUAUUUAUCGGAUAAAUGGACGUGGUUAUGGGAGGACUCGUCGGACCCGAAAGCUAAUUGUCGAUGCGCGAAAGACUGGCAGAAAAUAUGAAAUAUGAGGGUUAAAGCUCUUUGUCUGCCUUUCAUGGUUGGAGAAACUUCCAAAGCAUCAAAAUAAAGGUAAGGUUGGUGAAAUACCAUUGGAGAUGAAUGGUUAUGAAGGUGCCGACUUGGAAGAUGAUAACGAGACCGUCCCAUUUCGAAAAUUAAAACCUCGGAACAAUAUCACAAUCACGGAUUCGGAUGAUGUUGAUGAUAUUACACAAUUUCGCAAAAGAUCUCAUGUUGAUUUGAUGCCUGUUUAAUUCCUAUGCAUUGGUUAAUUUCAUGCUAAUGGUUGAGAAGCAGUAAUAAAGUACAUCUUCCGGCCAUUCAAAACAGAUGGAUUGCCCGAAAGUGUUCGCAUUUUAAUCACACGGUUGAACCUAUUGAUUCAGGCGGGGGAAAGGCGUGUGGAAAACCAGACACAAUCCGGAACACGAAACAUUACCCUUCUACUAUCCCGUGAGCAUCUGUAUUAAUACAAAUGUGAAAUUCGAGCACAAAUACCUGUCGGUUGUGGCGGGGUAUGGGAAGUGAAGCUUCAAUAUGACCUG